AUGCAUCCUUGUCCUUAUACUGGCGACACUCUAUCUUCUGCGAGGCCUCAGGGUACAAGUUUGAUCUUUGGCCUCGCCAAGACAGUGGUAGAUUCCAACAUUACCAAUGAACUGUACGAACCCUGGGCCAAGGAGUACGGACCAGUGUACAAGAUCCCGCACGCCUUGGGAAAAUAUAGGCUCAUGCUAUGGGACCAAAAAGCAAUCUCUCACUUCUAUGCCAGAGACACGUGGUUAUAUCACCAUACUCCGUUUAACAAGAUCAUCCUUCCGAUUGCAAUAGGGAGAGGAGUGAUGGGGGCCGAUGGUGAAAGUCACAAAAGGCAACGCAAGAACCUCAACCCUGCUUUUAGCGCAGCUGCUGUUCGCAGCUUGACUUCUGUAUUCCAAGAUGUCGCCCACAAGGCAGUGAUCGCUUGGGAUAUUGAGAUAGAAUCAAACAGAGGAACCGAUUGCGCUGUAAUUGAUGUUCAACAAUGGAUGAAUCACAUCUCGCUCGACAGUGCAGGCAUAGGCAUUCUGUCCCACGACUUCGGCGCACUCGAUGGAAAUGGCUCUGACGUCGAGCACGUCCUGAAUGCGUUUAGCGCAUCCGUCGACCCUUCCCACAGCUUGUUUAUCCUCGGACAAACCUUUCCUCCCAUCAUGAAGCUACCAUGGCCUCGCACAAAGUUCUCCCAGAAGUUGCACCUGACCGUCGGCCAAAUAUGCCAGGAGAUGCUAUCGCGGAGGCGCAAGGAAAAAGAGACUGGCGGCAUUGACGAGAGAGAUAAAUCAUGUCUGGGUUUGCUCCUGAAAGCGGAAGAAUCUGGCGAGACCGUAGGAUUGACUCAGCAAGAGGUACUAGACGAGGCGCGGAUUCUACUUCUUGGCAGCUUUGAGACCACGGCAGUCAGCCUUACAUGGGCUUUUAUAGAACUCGGGCGGAAUCCAGACAUCCAAACGAAGCUUCGUGACGAGUGUCUAGGGUUCGGGUCAACCCCCUCGUACGACGACCUCGCGAAUAAGCUUCCCUACUUGAACGCUGUGGUGAAUGAAGUUCUUCGCCUCCACUCGCCCGUCGUAGAAGUCCCUCGAGCGGUUACGGAAGACGACGUCAUUCCACUCAGCGAGCCCCUGUACACAGCUGACGGUAAAGUUACCGACCAUGUAUGCAUUGCGAAAGGGACAGAGGUCGUGAUCCCGCUCGCCGCGCUCAAUCGCUCGGUUAGCAUGUGGGGGCCUGACGCAAAGGUAUUCAAACCUUCCCGAUGGAUCAAUGAGGACGAAGGCACGCAUGGGGCUGGAGAUAUACCGCAUGGCUAUCGUCAUCUAAUGACCUUCGGCAAUGGCGCGCGGAUGUGCCCGGGGAGGCUUUUUGCUCUGGCACAGUUCAAGACUGUGCUGUUCAUCCUUGUGCGGCACUUCGUGUUUGAGAUGGCAGAUGGGGCUGAGGUGCAGAUCGUGAAGAGUUUAGGGCUUUUACCAAGACCGAGCGUGGUUGGAAGCACUGAGGCUGGAUGUAGUGUACCCCUCCGGGUGCGCCGCUAUGAGAUUGUCGAUCUCGAAAGGUGUUUGUAG